AUGAAUGGAACAGAGAAUAUAAGACUUAAUUUAUCUCAUGAUGAGCUGCUGGAAGUUACACAAUCAUCCCUUAGCGCACUUUUGAGAAAUGAUUCUCUACUACGAGAUCUUCCUGAGGACAUUAUUGUUGAAGAAAUCCAAUCUCAAAUUGCUGUGGAGCAUGGGCAAUCAAUUACAAUUUUUUUACGUAGAGAUAACAGUGUGCCAAUGACAGUAAUUGUUCCACAAAAUGCAACAGUAAGGACACUGAAGAAAGCAAUCAAAAGACACUUUGAGAUCUAUCAAAGGAGAGCUGGAAUAAAAGCUAAAAUAUCUUGGAAAUAUAUUUGGUCCACUUACAGUCUGAACUAUGACAGCACCAUACUUGAUGAUAAUGAUGCCUGUAUCCAGGAUUAUGGUGUCACAAACAGGGUCACUCUUACAUUCAAGAGAAAAAAAGGCAAGGUGAAACAGUAA